AUGACCUCCACGACAGCAGGUUGGCAGAAGAUGCAGGCUGCCCGCGCGCCUGACAGCUUGGACCCCCAGUGGGUGAAAAGCCUUGACGAGGGCUAUGCUGUGCUCCGGCAGACGUUCAAGUCUGGCAGGACGAAGUCGUAUGAGUGGCGAAGAUCCCAGUUGCUGGCGCUGGAGCAGAUGAUCAAGACCGAGGAGCUGAGGAUGGCAGAGGCCGUGGCCAAGGACCUGAGAAGACCUCAGGCAGAGACGCUGUUGAUGGAAACCACCGCAGUUCAGAGUGAGGUCCAGCACGCGCUCUCUAACCUCCGUAGCUGGAUGAGACCAGAAAGUGUGUCGACACCGGCAUUCCUUCAACCAGCAUCCUCCUGGAUCCGGAGGGAGCCAAAGGGGCUCGUCCACAUCAUCAGCCCGUACAACUUCCCCUUCAACCUCACCUUUGGUCCAUUGAUCGCCUCGAUCUCGGCCGGGAACUGUGCUGCCAUCAAGGUGCCCGAGCAGACAGAAGCAAGCUCCAAUUUAAUCAAGGAGCUGUGCGAGAAAUACCUGGACACGGACGCUUGCCGAGUUUUUCUCGGAGCCAUUCCUGAAGCGACGGAGUUGCUCACGCGCCGCUGGGACCAUAUCUUCUACACAGGCAAUGGCUUCGUGGGGCGAAUCGUCAUGGAAGCAGCCGCGAAGCACUUGUGCCCUGUAACGUUGGAAUUGGGCGGCAAGUCGCCGGUUGUCUUCGACAAAGGCUUGUCUGCCAGUCAGCUGAAAUUGGCGGCGAAGCGGAUCGCCUACGUCGGUCUCUUCGUCAAUGCCGGCCAGAUCUGCGUCAGUCCUGACUACGUGUUGGUCCAUAAGGACGUUGAGGGAGAUCUCAUCGCUGCACUGAAGGAGGCAAUCCAGACAAUGAACCCUCCGGGAAACUCCACGGAAAAUUUGGGCAGACUUGUCCACAAGAGGCACUAUGACCGCAUCAAGGGCCUGAUCGACACUUCUGGGGGUCAGAUCGUCUGUGGCGGUGCAACUGCAGAGGCCGGAGCAGACGAGUCGAACUGCUUUGUGCCGCCGACGAUCAUCUCAAGCCCGGACCUGCGGUCUCCCGCAAUGGCGGAGGAGAUAUUUGGGCCAGUGAUAUCCGUCCUGCCCGUGGAGAGCCUAGAUGCUGCCAUUGAAAUCAUCAACGAGCGCGAGACGCCACUGGCUCUCUACGUCUUCUCGCCGAGCAGUUCACGGGCAAAGCAUGUCAUGGACAGCACGAACAGUGGCGGCGUGUGCAUCAACGACGCGAUGAUGCACCUCGCGAGCCCGAUGCUUCCCUUCGGGGGGGCUGGGCCAAGCGGCUUCGGAGCGUAUCAUGGAAAGUUUGGCUUCGAUGAGCUUACCCAUAAGCGCGCAGUGCUAUCAAGGUCACUUCUCCUGGACGUCGAGCGCUUCCCGCCAUACAAAGACUUCUGGGUGAAGGAGCGCCGAGACUUCUCCGCUUUGCCAGGUGGUGCGCUUCGCGUGGCUGGGCCCAUCCUCGAUACUGGUAGAUGCCUGAACCACGGCCUUGCCCUCAACCUAGGCCUUGGCUUCUUAAGGACGUUGCACCGGCUGCAGUCUACAGCGGCCUAUGCUGCCAGGCAGCUCGAGGCGUCAAUGCGGCGGCUUCUGGCCAAUCAGCCCCAGGCUUCCUCCCCGGAGCAGGUGUCUUUGCACAUGGCCAAGCUGGAUACCCACUUGGCGCUGCUGGGCGAGGAGUUGUCGAACCUCCGGCGCAUGGAUCGAGACGAGAAGCCCACAAGCACCAGGGUCGAGGACUUGCAGAAGCGCGUGUACUUCCUGCAGGCACAGGUUGCCCACGUGGAGCAAAUGGCAGCAAGCUGGGAAACAGUGUUGAAGGCCGGAGAGCGCUCCAAGAUGCAUUGCGGCGUGUCGCGGCUCCAGAGUUCGGUCCAAACAGUGCACCGGCAGCUGGAUGAGCUGACCCAGCAGGCGGUCGAGGGCCACAUGGGCGACCCGCGCACUGACCCAGACUACGCACCUGCACACCUGGAGGCAACUUUGGAGGCCAUCAAGGAGGAGGGCACGGCCCUGGACCGGAGUCAGCAAACCCUGAUAGCACAGGGCACUGCCCCGAACAUGGAUGGCCUGAGUGAUCUCCAAGGUCGCCUUCACUUUUUCCAGGAACUCCUGCGCUGUGUCACAGAGGCCGUGGCGAAGAACGACCACGGCUCCACUCUGCAAAGCAUUGUGCGCCACCGGCCGCAGAAUCCGAAGCGCAGUGCGCUGCCUCCCCUCUCUGCACGAUCGGAAACGGACGAUAUCAGGGAGCUUGUGGAGGAGCCGCCACUGCAACCAGCACAGCAGGCCCGGGCGGAUCUCUACGAGUCCUCGCCGUUGCCUCCUGACCGGGGACCAGCGGCCAUGGGACGUCGGGAGAUGUCGUUGGAGCAGAUGAGGGAGGAAAUCGAUGAGGAACGGAAGCGCUACAUCGCCUAUCACCUGGUGCGGGAUGAGCUCGGUGGCGCCUCCUCUCUCUCAACCACCCAAACCUCGUACUUCUGA